AUGCAUAUCACAAUACGACGGAAUGAAACAAUUUGUUGUUUGAUUGGAUUCGGAAUCGGCGUUGGUUGUUGUCUGUUAUAUAAACUUAUAUCAAAUUUUUUGACACCAGAACAUAAAAAUAGUAAACAACGUGAUGCACAGACGAUGGGUCAGGAACAAUCUUAUAGUUCGGAAAUUGCAGUUUCAUAUAGUAAACGGCCCCGUCCUCGUACAACAGAUAAUACGAGUCAUCCAGUAGCGAUAUCAAAACAUGAGCAACAUCGCGAAGAACGUAUCGUAUGUGAUCGUUGCCGUCAUCAAGCUAGUGAACAAGAAAACGAUUGUGAGCCACUAGUUGGUCUUCCAAUAACUAAAUAUCAUCAUGAACACUAUGAAUUGAAAUCAUCGAAUCCCAUGACAUGGUCCGAAAUAUCAUCAUCAGAUUUAUUAGAAUCAUAUCAUUCAAAUUCAAUUGGUGAUUCGGGUAUUGAGUCAAAUCCAACAGGAAGUCGAUCAAAGUUAACGACAAAGAAUAAUAAGAAAAAAGAGAACAUGAAUUCUACACUUAAUAAUUAUGGAUAUGAAUUAAAUUCAACAUACGAUGAAUAUGAUCAAAUAUUUCCAUCAGCGUCAUCUGCAAACGUAUUGGGAACAAAUAGAAAAUACGAUUCGGAUACAGCGAUUUGUCAAUCAACAAAAUGUGCAACUGAUGCAUUACAAAAUAAUCUUAUGUCGUAUAUGACCACUGAAAAAGGUCUAGAACGUGCUAUUGAACAUACAACAAAAUUAAAUCAAGAUUUAGAAAUGAUAUUAACUGAUUUUGGUACAUUAUCUCGACGGUAUUCACAAUCAUCUGUCAACAAAAUAUUAACGUCAACAUCGUCAGCAACCUACGAUAAUCAUCAUUUUCAACAUUCACAUACAAUCGAUGUUCUCGAUUGGAAUUAUAAUGAUUGUUCACCGAUGCCUCAAUCGCCAAAUUCUUAUCGACGACAAUCUUCUCGUAAUACUAAUUCAUCUCAAACCAGCAAUAAAUCGCAAAAUUCACGAAAUAAAACAAAGUUAAAACGACGUCUAAAUACUAUGUCAUCCGAUUAUCAUGAGUCAGAUGAAACACGAUCGUAUGAUUACACGAGUUCACCAUUGAGAAGAAGGCCAAGUUCUGUCUAUUUUGAUUCAAGUGAUACAAGUGAUGAAGACGCACCAAGUGACGAUAUUCUCGAUACAAUAAGUAGUAAUUGUUCUUCAAAUCAAACAAAUCUUGACGAUACGUUAAAUGUUGAACAAAAUAAUGAUGAUGAAACAUUAUCACCUGUAAAAAUGUCGACAACCACAGAAUUUAUUUCAUGUUCUAACGAUUCAGAAUUAUCAAUUGAAACAGAGGAUCAAAAUAAAUAUUCCUAG